AUGGCUACGCGGGUCUCCAUUCCUGCAGGUUGCUCUGCAGGCUUCGAGUGCAGCCGCGAAGGAGCAGUCGAAGCAGUAUCUCCUGAUGGACAUCUGAAGGCAGCUGGUGUUUGCGCUCGGGAUGGCUGGCGCCUUUUGGCAAUCAACGGCGAACCAGUUGAGGAAGCCACAUUCCGCGAUGCUCUACAAAACGCGCGCAGGAGUGGAAAGGACUACGAGCUCACUUUUGUACAGCCAGUGUCUCAGCCACUGCUUGGUACAGGAAUUCCACUUCUGGGAUGCCAGGCUGGCGUUCCACACUUGUACGUGUUGCCCGCUCUUCGUGAGUCGUGCGGAACGGUCCUGUUGCUGCAUGGCUCAGGGCCAACCGAUUGGCUAGGCAACCAAGAUCCAACAGGCACGCCGACAGAAGGUGGUGUCACUGAGAUGGCUUUCGAAUUCAGAGAGCAGGGUUUUACAUCAGUGGUGUUGGAUUCUUACGCUGCAGGCAGGCGACAGGGUAAAGACUUCAAAACCAGCAUGCGAGUCGAUGACAUCAUGGCAGCCUUGCAGUACGUAAGAGAUGCUGGUUUGCCCGGGCCUAUCCACAUCUAUGGUAAGUCGAAUGGUGGCUACUCUGUGGCCAUGUUCUUGCAGCUACCUGUGAGCAAAGCUGAGGCAAGCCGAAAGGACAAAGCAAAAGAGCUGGCAGAGAGCCUUGCAAGUGUGAUCAUCCAGUGCCCAUACCUCAGCCAAGAAAGAGAUGUUGAGAGGCUACGCAGGGUUGCGGAGGAGAGUGAGGUGAAUCUACCCAAUGUGUUGUUUUUGCUUGCAGCAGAAGAUAGAAUGCUCACCGACCACAAGCAGCCGAUGAACGUUGGAGUGCAGGCUGCGGAAGCAAUGGCUGGACAACUGGUCACAAAAUGGCAGGAGCCUGUCAUGAAGGGUCGUGAGCUUCUGUCGAAUUGCAGCAUUCAGCAAGGUGGAGGAUCUGCAAUGGGUCGGCCGUUUGUCGAGGUCCGUAUGUACAGUGAUAUUGGACAUACAUUUGUUGCAGACGCAGAAGGUCAAGCCAUUUCUGAUGGUUCCUGCACCCCGGUGGUGCAGCAUGCAUUGCGUGCAACGGUUUCGUGGAUGUCGUGGCAAACCCCUAAGCCAGGCGUGACUGCAUGA